AUGGCCGGUCAAGUUGCCUGGUACUUUGUCGCUGGCCUCGUGGCCACUUACACCUUUCUCCGCGCCCUGUUGCGGCUGACGCAACACGAGAAGGAGCCACAGACACUGGCAACGUUGUUGCCGUUCGUCAGCCCGCUGCUAGGCCUGGGUACCCAGAAGACGAAGUUCUUCGUCAAGCUCCGGGACGCACAUGGCCUUCCUAUUUAUACGCUACGCAUGCCCGGCUCGCGCACAUAUGUCAUCACCUCGUUGUCUCUCGUUCCGGCGCUCCAGCGCCAGAUCCGCAUCCUGUCCUUCCACCCGAUCGAGCUUCGCGCCGCUGAAAGGGUCAUGGGACUCACCCGGACCGGCUGCGAGAUUCUGGGGGCCAAUAUGAACCAUGACGACUCGUACUUGGGGUCCUUUGUCAAGGCUCUCCACCCGGCCUUGUCGCCGGGGCCGGGACUGGACGAAAUCAACGAGACGUCGGUGCAGUUGCUCGCAGCAUCCCUCGGUAGGCGAAAGACUGCGGCUGGUGUUGACAUGUUCCAAUGGAUCCGACACGAGAUGUUCAUGGCUACGACCAAUGCAAUCUACGCCCGAGCGAGCUUCCAGGCACGGGAGUCCCUCAUCCCGGACCUGAUGGAGUAUUUCCAGAAGGCCUACCACGAGCACGGCUCUCCCCUUGUCAAGUGCCGCUUUGCGUACAACACGCGCCACGGCCUGGGACCCGAGGACAUGGCACGGACCGAGAUCGGCCAAAUAUCCGCAACCGUCACGAACACUGUUCUGGCCGCCUUCUGGUUCAUCUGGCACAUCUUCUCGGACCCGGCCGUCCUGGAGGACUGCCGCAGCGAGGUGGAGCGGCUCGUGGGGCGCGACGAACACACCGGCAUCCGCACCCUUGACCUCAGCCGCAUCCGAACGUCCUGCCCCGUCCUGCUUUCCACGUGGCAUGAGAUGCUCCGGUACCGUCACAUCGGCAUCCAGGCGCGCGCCGUCAUGGAAGACCACUUAUUUGACGGGCGGUACCUGCUGAAGAAGGGCGCCACGGUCAUGUGCGUCAUUCCGGCCCUGCACAGCGAUACGUCGGUUUGGGGCCCGGAUGCAGCAGAGUUCAACCAUAGGCGCUUCGUCCGCGAGGACGGGGCGGGCGCUAAGCGUGCCAAUGCGUUCCGCGGGUUCGGCGGCGGCUCAACGCUGUGUCCCGGCAGGCACUUCGCCACGAACGAGGCCUUGUCCUUCGCGGCCCUGCUGAUGACGCGGUUUGAUGUUCGGCCAGUGGCUGGCGUUUGGAAGGAGCCUCGAGUGGACAUGCCCCUUACGGUGUCUUUGCCGUUGCCGAUUGAGCCGGUGGAGGUCAAGAUUGUUCCCAAGGCGGAGCAGGAAUGGAAGGUGUUGUUCUCGGCUUCUGCAAAGUGA